AUGACCAGUGUCUCCUGGAACCCUCACAACAAAUCUUGCAGAUACGGAAGCUUGACUGUCUCUCCUGCAGCCGUAUUGUCCCACAUUUACGCACAACUGUCUGUGGUCACUGAAUUGCAGAACAUGAAAGUACAGGUGUUAAAAUGGUGCACUGCAGUACCUGUCCAAUUGGGUAUCUACAACUUACUGGCAAUCCUCCAAUCUGUGGAACAUGCCAUGCCAAGGAGAUUAAAACCUUGCCACCUGAUGAGACCCAAUUACCCCUACUGUUGCAUGAACGGUGUUGAAGCCCUUGACGUGGGUUCCAGCAGUGUCCACAGGGGUGAACGUGCUUGGACAACACCAGGUGGAUUUUCAGGCCGUCAAAUCAUUUAUGGUAUCAAUGUCACUGCUCAGCUUGUCAUUUCAACUGCCCCUGUCAAAUUCACAGUUGAUAAUGGAGUUAGGACCUUCUCAAACAUCAUCAAUCUUUCAGAUAACAGUUGUUCAGAGUCUUUUGACACGUACAUAUCAUCUGGUGUUGGAAAAGACCACAUGCCAUAUGAGAAAAUAAGCUACUUGGGGACCUGCACCAAAAUGCUGUCUGCAAUGUUGUUGGGUAUUACUUUGGAGGAGUACCUUCAAGAUGAGCCAGAGUAUGGAAAUAAUGUUGGCAAAGAACAUAUAACCACCACAAGUGAAAGCUCAAGUUCCUAUGAAGAUGAUGAUGAAUUUGAGGGGGUUCAAGACACCCUUUGA